AUGGUAAAGCCAGUCAAGGAGCCUGUGUUGUGGUACAUAGCCCACUGGAGGGGUGAGGUUGUGUGUUCACUUAGGGUUUGGUGUUUUGUCCACAGGAGGAAGGUGGAGGACGACUACGGUGCCCUUCAGGAGAGGCUCGGCACUCUGCCCGAUAAAUUGUCCUACAGCAUCAUGGUACCAUUUGGCCCCUUUGCCUUCAUGCCAGGAAAACUUGUCCAUACUAAUGAAGUCACUGUUUUACUUGGGGAUAACUGGUUUGCAAAGUGUUCAGCAAAGCAGGCUGUGGGCUUAGUCGAGCACCGGAAAGGACAUGUAAGAAAAACAAUAGAUGAUUUAAAAAAAGUGAUGACAAAUUUUGAAUCCAGAGUUGAAUUUACAGAAGAUUUGCAGAAAAUGAGUGAUGCUGCAGGUGAUAUUGUUGACAUAAGAGAAGAAAUUAAAAGUGACUUUGAAUUUAAAGCAAAACACCGAAUUGCUCAUAAACCUCACUCCAAACCCAAAACUUCAGAUAUUUUUGGAGCAGAUUUUGCAAAUGAUGUAAAAUCCAAGGAUCUGUUUGCUGACCAGGAACUGUGGGCUCGGCUUGAAGAACUGGAGCGAGAAGAGGAGUUGCUGGGCGAACUCUCUAGUGAGCCCGAUACGGUGACUGCAAAUGGAGACGACGCAGUGUCUCCCUCAGAGAAGGGACAUGUGAGCAGACACACGACUCCCAGCUGUUGUCACGGAGACGCCGCUGGUUCAGAGCUGCUCAGUGGUCCAGUGAGCAGCUGCCUGAGCUGCUCCGUGAACAGUUCACAUUCCUACCACAGUGAUGAAGAUGAUGACGGUGACGACGAUGAUGAAAGUGUCCUUGAUGCUUUAGGGGCUGGGGACAGCUCUGUACCAACCAUAUACUUUUCUCACACCGUCGAGCCUAAGAGGGUUCGAAUAAAUACUGGAAAAAAUACCACUUUAAAAUUCAGUGAAAAGAAGGAAGAAGCCAAACGGAAGCGAAGGAACAGCUGUGGCGGUGGCCACCCAGCCCCGGAGCUGCCUACAAUCAGGACCCCUGCAGACAUCUACAGGGUCUUCGUGGACCUCGUGAAUGGGGAGUACGUGCCCCGGAAGUCGAUCCUGAAGUCUCGCAGCCGGGAGGACAGCGUCUGUAGCGACACUAGCGAGAGCAGCGCUGCUGACUUUGACGAGCGCCGCGGGCUCCUGAGGAGCGUCAGCUGCGAGGAGGCCACUUGCAGCGAUGCCAGUGAGAGCAUUUUGGAAGAGGAACAGGAGCAGCAUCAGGAGGCACCUUCGCCUGUGUCGGGAGUGCCUGAGGCUUUUUCUGGAACUGUAAUAGAAAAGGAAUUGUCAUCACCCUGCUUAACCCCCAACCCGGCUGCGGCCCAUCCUGUGCUGCCCACAAUCCCUGAGCGGAGAGAAGUCCCCUCAGAAGCGUCAGAGGUUACCAAGAGGGUUUCCAAGUUCAAAGCUGCCAGACUGCAGCAGAAAAACUAGGCCCUGUCUGGAAGUGGGAAUUGGUAUCCUAAAACCUAGUUUUGCAUUCAUUUAGAACAUAUAUUGCAAAUACGUUCUGCAUAGUUUGGAAUAAGGUGUCCUGAGUUAAUUUGGAAGCAAGUUCUCGAAUUCCUAUCAGUGAUAUCCAAGAGUUUUCAAAGUCAGCGUUUGAGUACUUUAAUAGUCAGCUUGUUUGUUAAUUCUCUGUCAACACCCUGGUCUAAGUUGCCUUAUGAUGCAGCGGCAGCUUUCAAAUUAUUUUUCAAAGAAUACUGUUUUUGUGCAUUGUUUUUGUGUUUCUAACUAAAUACAGGCAGUUUUGAACCAGCUGUGAUGUGCAUACCAUAUGGACCAUUUUAAAGAAACUUUUAAGAUUUCAGAUAGAUUCAACAAUUAUAUCACUUGCUUUAGCAUUUGAAAGGCACUUUAAAAAAAUCUACUUCUUGUAGGUUUUGCAGCUAGGUGGCUAUUUAAAACCCUCCCUGUGACUGCCGCUGUGUCACCUUGACGGCAGGAAGCCCCAUGUAGCCUGUGGGAAAGUUUCUUUGUUGAAAGAAUGGAAUUUUGUAAAACUUUUCUUUUUUUCAAGUAAAAAUUUUAUGAAACUUGGUCUUGAAAA